GCACGCCUGUUCGAAGUAUGGAAGGAAGAGGGAACGAGACAUGCAUUCGAGUUGCCUGCGUUAUGUUCAUGCCACACAUAAUCGUCAGUGCCAGCAAGACGAAUCCUGUCGUGAAUGGCACUCUUCUGGAAUUUUUUGAGGCUGUUGGCAGGACAAUUGGCCGAUGCAUGCAAUACAUCUCUGAACCAACUAACGAAGGAGGGAUUCUGCUUCCAAAUGGGACGUGGACUGGAGCUGUAGGACUUAUACAGCGGGAGGAAGCAGAUGUAACAAUGAUGUUGAUCAUAUCGAUGGAGAGAGCCACUGCCUUUGAAUUCAGUGACUUUCUUUACAUCGAGGAGCACACGGCAGGCUACAAGCGACCAAUAGUGGGAUCGGACAUAAGUGGUUUCAUUAAGCCUUUUUCUCCUUGGGUGUGGAUCGUGAUUGGCGUGGCAGUAGUUGGUGUACUAUUCAGUCUCUCCCUUUUGAGUGUCGCACAACGAAACGUGCAUCACACACGUGACAGGCGAGGGUAUGAUGUUCCCAGCACGUGUCUUCAAGAGAAGAAAGAAAAAGAAUGUGAUAUGGAAGAUACAAACGUUGGCCCUGUUCGGAAUGCCGUCCUAUGGACUCUUUGUGCUCUUAUUGCCCAGGCUGUGCACCUUCAACCUCCAAAAGGAAGAUUGAAAGUACUGACUGGCUUGUGGCUGCUGCUUUCCCUUACCCUGGUGACCGUCUACAGGUCCAAUCUGAAGGCAAUGCUGAUCUUGCCCAAGAUCGACUUGCCUUUUAACAAUGUGGAGGAGUUAUCCUUUUCAGGCCUACCUCUGUGGGUCUCUUUGAACUCAGUACUUCAUGAGACAGCUAUGCUGUGGAGUUACUGGACACGCUGUCUGUCAGUUACAUUUGCCACUCCAUGGAAUGGCGCGGGCCUUAAUUGUCUUAAAGACGGCCCAUAUUAUAAUGGGCACACUUGGAAGGCUGGUAUUUAUGCCGUGAGUCGUGGCGUCGCUCUAGACCGUAAGAGGCGCUGA